AUGGGUUUUUUUAACAGAAUCAUCUUCAUUUGGGGCCUUUUAGUUUUGUUCUUCCUAGUUCUUGAUUGUGAAGCUAGGGUUCCAACAAAUAGAGGGUUUGUCAGAACAAAAGGGACCCAGUUUGUUCUAAAUGAUUCGCCUUUUCUUUUCAAUGGGUUCAACUCAUACUGGAUGAUGAAUGUUGCAACAAACCCAAGUGAAAGGUACAAAGUCUCUGAAGUGUUCCGAGAGGCGGCUGCUGCUGGACUUUCUGUCUGUCGAACUUGGGCUUUCGCGGAUGGAGGUGACAAAGCACUGCAAAUUUCACCUGGCACUUAUGAUGAACGAGUUUUUCAGGCACUGGAUUUUGUGAUUUCGGAAGCAAGAAAACAUGGGAUUCACUUAAUGUUGAGUUUCGUGAACAAUUACAAUGACUUUGGAGGGCGAACACAGUAUGUGCAGUGGGCUAGAAAUGCAGGAGCACAGAUUAAUAGUAAUGAUGAUUUCUACACAAAUCCAGUGCUCAAAGGGUAUUACAAGAAUCAUGUCAAGAGAGUCCUAACAAGAUUCAACACCAUAACUGGAAUUGCUUAUCGAGAUGACCCAACAAUCAUGGCGUGGGAACUCAUGAACGAGCCUCGUUGCCAAGUCGACUACUCUGGAAGAACAAUAAAUGCCUGGGUUCAAGAGAUGGCAACUUAUGUAAAAGCUUUAGAUGGCAAGCAUUUGCUGGAAAUAGGCAUGGAAGGAUUCUAUGGGGAUUCGCUACCCCAAAAGAAGCAAAUAAAUCCUGGUUACCAAGUUGGGACAGAUUUCAUUAGUAACAAUCUCAUCGGGGAGAUUGAUUUUGCCACCAUUCAUGCAUAUCCUGACAUAUGGUUGUCUGGUAAAAAUGAUGAUGCGCAAAUGGAAUUUAUGAAAAGAUGGAUGUCAAGCCAUUGGCAAGACUCGAGGACGAUACUAAAGAAACCUUUGGUAAUCGCAGAAUUUGGAAAGUCCAGUAAAGAUCCAGGAUACAGUUUAAAAGAGAGGGACUGGUACAUGAGUUCUGUUUAUACAAACAUCUACAAUUUGGCAAGAAGUGGAGGAACCGUUGGUGGGGCCCUGGUUUGGCAACUCAUGGCAAAAGGGAUGGAUUCUUACGAUGAUGGGUACCAGAUUAUCUUAUCAGAAAAUCCUUCUACUGACGGAGUCAUUUCUAGACAAUCUCGUGCAAUGACAGGUUUAUCUCAUUUGUUUGGCUUACCUCAUAGUAAUGGUCGUUUGAGCCAUUGGCCACACAACGCAAAGCAUGGUCAUCCAUAUGGUCGACGUCAUGUAAACAAGUCCGUUCCUUGA